UAUUGUAUUUACAUAUAUAGUAAGCUUCUUAACUACCUAUUUCUAAAUUUUCAAUCAUUUUAUAUUUAUUUACUUGCAAUUUCUCAUAACUAACUGAAACAAUAACUUGUUAUUUAAAUUUUUAUUACAUUCUAUAUGUUUUAUAAUUUGAAUAUCAAUAAAAAAUUGUAAAUUGCUUGUAAUCUAAAAUGCAACCUCUAUUGAUCAAUACCAAAACAGAUAUUCAAAUUGAUUUAAAUCAAGUUAAAAUUGAUCUUCGGCAUGGAAUACGAGAGUGUGUCGACCGAGGUUUAACUCAGACUGCAAAAUGGCUUGCAGAACUAAAUUAUGCUUUGAAAGAUCAUAAAAUCGUAUAUGAAGAAACUUCUACACCCUAUGAAGACGGUACUGUAAUAGAAGAAAGAGAAGCAUACAUGUUAGCAAGAAGUUAUUUUGAUUGCCAAGAAUUCGAUAGAGCUGCCCAUUUUCUAGAAAACUGUACCAGUCCAAAAUGUGUUUUCCUUCAGAGAUACUCUCAGUAUAUGUCUAGUGAAAAGAAAAGAUUGGAUAAUGCCACUGACUCUGGAACAGAAAAUACAGAAUCAACACAAGUGUUGCUAGAUCUCUUAUCUUUCUUUAAGGCUAAUAGAAAUAAUUUGGAUGGAUAUCUUCUCUACCUAGAAGGAAUAGUAUUAAAAAAGUUAGAUUUACGAAAUCAGGCUGUCACAGUGCUCCAGGCUUCGGUGCAGGCUACCCCGAUUUUGUGGGCAGCCUGGGUGGAACUUGCAAGUCUUGCUAAUGAGUAUGAGGCACUUGAUUCACUUCAACUCCCAAAACAUUGGAUGAUGUACUUCUUUGCAGCUCAUGCUUUUAUUGAGUUAAAGCUAUCUGAUCAAGCACUAGAAGCCUAUACAAUGCUUGCAUCCGCUGGUUUUGACAAAAGUACUUAUGUCACAGCUCAGAUGGCUAUUGCACAUCAUGACAGAAGAGAUGUGGAUUCCUCAUUAGCUUUAUUUCGAGAAUUAUUUCAAACUGACCCAUACCGCUUAGAUAACUGGGAUGUAUACUCCCACCUUCUGUAUUUGAAAGAAAAACGCAUGGAGCUGGCAGAUUUGGCUCAAAGAGCUGUAUCAAUUGAUAAAUACAGAGUUGAAACAUGUUGUGUUAUUGGUAACUACUACAGUUUGAGGGGUGAACAUCAGAAAGCCGUUAUUUACUUUCAACGAGCAUUGUCUCUUGAUCCUCAAUAUUUAUCUGCUUGGAUUUUGAUGGGUCAUGAAUUCAUUGAACUACAGCAUUCAAAUGCUGCUAUACAAUGCUAUAGACAAGCUAUAGAUGUAAACAGAAAUGAUUAUCGGGCUUGGAAUGGAUUAGGACAAGCAUAUGAAAUCUUAGGAUUAAAUGGAUACUGUAUAUACUAUUACUCUAGAGCGGCACAGCUUAAACCAGAUGACUCCAGGAUGCUGGUAUCACUUGGGGAAGCUUACGAAAAAAUGGAUAAAAUACCAAAUGCGCUCAAGUGUUAUUAUAAGGCGCAUAGUACAGGAGACAUCGAAGGAAUGGCGUUGUUCAAAUUAGCAAAAUUAUAUGAAAAAUCGAAUAUGCCAAACAGUGCAGCAGCAGCAUAUACUGCGGCGUGCCAAGACCCAGCCAAUGCUGGUAGUAAAGAAUUACCGACGGCUCACAGAUAUUUAGCUCAGUAUUAUUUGAGAUUCUCGUUGCUAGAUCACGCCGCUCACUACGCGUAUAAGUGCUUGGAAAAUGAAAGUUCGAAAGAAGCUGGAAAAAAUAUUCUCAAGACAAUAUCAGAGAAACGGCUAGCAGCAUCAAGUUCAUCACAGCCUCCAAGCUUACCCGACGAUCUGCCUGAAGCCAUAAAAAACGUGUCAGCCGCAUCGUUAUCACACGACCCGUCAAAGACACCAUUACCUAGCCCUAAUGUGACGCCGGACAAUUUUUCCACACCACUAAUGGCCAGGAAAAAUAUAAAAUACAAAAUGUGACAUACGAUUGCACGCAAGUGUAAAAUGUGAGUAAUGAACAGUAGAUGAAUAAUCGUGUUUAACUAAUUGUAAUUAUAAGAUAAUAAAGAAAAAUAAACAAUUUAA